AUGGCAACCAUGGCAUCUGCUGUUCGCGAUAUCGCGACGACCUCCGGCCGAGACAACUUGACUGCUGUAGCGGCCCGGAGCGUCCCUGUGACAACCUCCCACCACCCGACCACCCUCCCGACUCCUCCCAACUCGAUAUCCCCCUCGCUGCCUCCGCACGGGCUCAAGGCCCAGCUGCAGAGAGCGCGGCUCGAGCCUAUCGACUCGGACCUGGACCUGCACGACGGCCACGACGUCCACGGCGACGGCAUCGCCGCCACGCAUCUCGGGUCGCCGCCCUACGACUCGGCCGGCGCUAUCACCCCGGCCAUGUUGGCAAAGUUCCACCUGCCCGAGAUCCUGCUCAACCACGGCCCGCUACCCAUCCGCCAUCUGAUGGGCUACCUCACCACGUCGGUCCCUGGCUUUUCGGGGAUCCCGCCAGCCAAGGCGCGGAGGUUAGUUGUGGGGGCUUUGGAAGGCCGGGGAAGUGGGGGCGAGGGUGGCGGACUGGACGGUGACGUGGAGUUUGAGAAGGUGGGGUGGGGACGGUGGGAUGCGAAGAGACGGGGCCAGACCCGGGCGCUGGCGGCGGCGGCGGCGGCGGCUCGUCGCGACUCGCUAACUAGUAGCCCGUACCCGACAAGUAUACCCAUCUCCACUAAGGGCGCUGGGUGGGGCGUCGAUCGGUCACGACUCACGGCGCUAGGCUCAAGCGCCGGGGGCGCGUCCUGGGCCGCCUUCUCGCACGACGACCGGGACAUGACCAUGCUCGAGAACGAGGCCGACAAGAUGUCCUGGGACGGCUCCGGGUCGGCCUCGUGCUCGGAAGCGCCCGACGACGACGUGCCCAUGAACGACGACCCCGAGGACGUGACCGACGAGGAGGACUGGGCGGCGGUCGGCGCCGCAGCGCUCCGCGCAUCAUCGUACAACCCCCAGUCCGGCAACAUCAACAACCACCACAACAACAAACUCUUCCCAUUCAACAGUAUAUAUAAUUCGGGCGGCGGACCGCGGUCCUUCUCGGCGAACGCCGGGAUGGCGCGCGCUCCGCAGCUGUCACCCAAUUUCAACUUUCCGGCAUCGGCGUUUGGGGCAGUGGCCUCUGAUGCACAGGAGCGCGAGGCCAUCGAGGCCCUGAUCAAGCUCGGAUCUGUAUAA